CCCAUGUCCCGCCGCCCUGCUCACCACCUCCUCCCGUUACUCCACCGCCGCCACCUCCACCGCUCCGUCCACCUCCCCUACACAUCCGCACCCAUUCCUCCCGACGCGACUCCCUCCACCUCCAUCCCAUCCCCGCCGUCCCCGCCGCCCCUCCACCCCGCGCCCUGGCCGCCGUCGUACUCCCCCACCUCCACCCCGCUCCCACCUUUCACGGCCUCCUACCUCCGCCGCGCCGUCUCCUCCCUCGCCGCCUCUCUCCUGUCCCUCCCCGACCCGGAUCCCGACCCCGCGCCGGCCCUCCACGCCCACUCAUUCCCCACCCUCCUCGCCGUCUCCCCGCUCGCCUCGACGGAGCUCCUCUCCCUCCUCCGCCCCAAGCCCUUCCUCGGCCUCGCGGUCUUCUCAUUCCGCCGCGCGCUCUCGCCGCCGCCCACGCUCCCGGAGUUCUCCCUCGCCAUCUCGCUCGCCAGCCGCGCGCGCGACCCCACCGCGGCGGCCAGCAUCUUCGCCGACGCCUCCAGCGCCUACUGCCCCGACCUGCCGCUCUACAACGCGCUCAUGUCCGCCUACAUGCACAGCGGCCUCGUGAACCGCUGCAUCGAGGCCUUCCACGCGCUGCAGCGCGACCCGCGGUGCGGCCCGCCCAGCGCCGACUCCUACAACAUACUCAUCGCCCUCUUCGGCCGCUCCCUCCUCGUCGAUCACAUGGAGGCCACGCUCCAGUCGCUGGAUGCCUCGGGACAGUGCCGCACAGUGGGCACAUACAAUGCGAUCAUCGCCGGGUACCUCACCGCGUGGAUGUGGGACAGAAUGGAAGCGGUUUUCAGUGAAAUGAUGUCGGGUGGUCAAGUUCAUCCAGACACCACUACGCAUUUGCUGAUGCUAAGAGGUUACGCGCAUGCCGGGAAGAUUUAUAAGAUGGAGCAGGCUUAUCAGCGUGCUCGUGAGCACGCUGGCAAGGUUGAUGUGGUGCAUAUUCGUGCAAUGCUGUGCGCGUAUUGCAAGUUUGAGCAUGUGGAUAGGAUUCAAAAGAUCGAGAAGCUGCUUCAGAAGCUGCGUCCUGACGAUUACAGGCCCUGGCUCAAUGUGUUGCUAAUUAGGGUGUAUGCCAAGGAGGGGUUGGUCGAGGGGAUGGAAAGAAGGAUCACUGAGGCAUUGGAACGCAAUACCACAGUCUGCACAACGCAGGUCAUGCGGUCCAUCAUAACCAGCUAUUUCCAGUCUGAUGCGGUCGAUAGACUCGCGCAUUUUGUCCGACAGGCUGAGGAGGCCGGUGGAAGCUAUGCCGGAGUUUGUACCACUGCAAGAUGGUGAUGUAUGGAAAGCACCACCGGCUCGCAGAGAUGCACGGGGUGUUGGAUGAGAUGGAGCAUUUUAGGUUUGACCGGACAAAGAAGACCUUUUGGAUCAUGCACAAAGCAUAUAGGAACUGCGGAAUGAAUACUGAGGCUGAUACAGUACUUGGCAUGAUGUGGAAGCACGGUUUUGGAGCCCCUAGCGACCUAUUUGUUCAAUGACAUGAUUUAUCUGCUCCACUCAUUGGGGAAUUUCAAAUUUUAAUUUCUGACAAGGUAUCUGAAUGCAAUGUGAGUCUGUUAACAUCAUAUGCUGCUCAAAAAAGUAAAUUGCUCCACAUGGAAGCCUAGAACUCGGAAGUACCCUGAAACAACUAAGACAUGGGGCAUUGUAUCCAGUAAAGUUUAGGGCUGACUGAGGUUGAUAUAAACAAAGUGCUCUUUGGAUACAUGGAAGCUGCUGCUUUCCUGCCCACCUUUGUUCUUCAUAUAGCAGUUAAACUGGGGAUCCGAAGUACCACCGUUGGUGCUGAUCAAGAAAAUACAUCAAGUCUACAUGACAUGAUGGAGCCAAAGGAAAAUCAAACACAAGGUUUGCUGUGCAUCCCAACUUGGUGGUGAAAGCUCAUCCCUGAUGGCAAAUGCAAUAUGAGGUGCCUGCACGUUUUGUAUUGCAUGGUCAGAGUGGUGACUGCUUUGUA